CUCUCUCUCUCUCUCUCUCUCUCUCUCUCUCUCUCUCUCUCUCUCUCUCUCUCUCUCCAAAAAAAUGUCAGUCGACAAUUACUCAAGAGACAUCUACCACAACACUGUCUCCAUGAACCAUCACCAAAACGACGCCGUAGCAUAUAGAGAGUCCUUGUUCGAGAAAUCACUCACACCAAGCGACGUAGGAAAGCUAAACCGUUUAGUCAUACCGAAACAAUACGCCGAGAAAUAUCUCCCUCUCAAUAAUGGCGGCGGCGACAUGACGGCUGAGAAAGGGAUGCUUCUUAGCUUCGAGGACGAGUCAGGAAAGUCUUGGAAGUUCAGAUACUCAUACUGGAACAGUAGUCAAAGCUACGUCUUGACCAAAGGAUGGAGCAAGUACGUCAAAGACAAGCACCUCGACGCUGGGGAUGUUGUUUUCUUCCAACGGCACCGUUUUGAUUUCCAUAGACUGUUCAUUGGCUGGCGGAGACGGGGCGAGGCUUCUUAUCCUUCGGCUGUCUCCGCCGUGUCUCAAGAGGUUCAUGUUAACACAACGGCGUACUGGAGCGGCCUGACUACACCUUAUCGUCAAGUACACACGUCAACUAGUUCUUACCCUAAUAUUCACCAAGAAUAUUCACAAUAUGGCGCCGUCGCUGAGACACCGACGGUGGUUGCAAGGAGCUCGAGAACGGUGAGGCUAUUCGGAGUUAACCUCGAAUGUCACGGUGACGUUGUUGAGCCACCACCGUGUCCCGAUGGCUACAACGGCCAACACAUUUACUAUUAGUCAACUCCUCAUCCCAUGGUAAUAUAACUUUGACAUUCUUGUCCUAUUCAAUUUGCUUACGUAAGUAUAAGCAAGUAUAUGCUGCUAUUUGAUUAAAUAUGCAUGAUGCAAAUUAAAUUGGAUUGUUUUAAGCGUUAAACAGACGUCGUGGCUGUUUCUCGAGAUGAGACAUAUAUAUGAAAUUAGUAUUUUUAUAGUAGACCCAAAGAGCAUUUCAAUAGAUAAUAUAAAGAAGGAAUCAGGGAGAAUAAUGCUACACUUGACUGUAAUCGCACAUGGCCAAUUUGUUGAUAACUUGUUGCCUAGCAUGAUUUUGAUAGCCUACACUUUCUUUUCUUUUUAAAAGUCAAGUUUAACCAAUUAAUAUAUAUAUAUAUAUAUAUAUAUGUGCCUCAACUAUCUAGUUUAGUUUUACCAUUCUUAUUUGUUUGGCACCGUCAUGUUUUUGUUCAAUUCAAAGACUGAUGCUAGAAUUGUCGUUUCGAUAUAUAUUGACUUAUUUGUUACUUAGACACCAAAACUGACGAAAAAAAAUUCAGAAUUUA